CGUCACAGAAUUAGUUUGAUGAGUGGCAGUGGAGAGGAAGGGUGUGUUGCAUGGCGAGGCAGUGAUUUUUAGUAAAAUUCCACUCUGACGUCGUUAGUGCAAAGGAUAGUUAUUCCGGAAAUAAGAUAAACCUGGAGGCUGUACCCGAAGACCAGGAUUUGUAGUGAGGACACGGUCAGCCGAUGAGACGCCUUUACGAGCAUCAUGGACGACAACAGCAAAAGACAAGGCACCAGAGUAUUUAAGAAGAGUUCACCAAAUGGAAAAAUAACAGUUUACUUGGGUAAAAGAGACUUUGUAGACCACAUCACACAUGUUGAUCCAAUAGAUGGUGUAGUAUUAAUCGACCCAGAAUAUUUAAAAGAUAGGAAGGUCUUUGGGCAUGUCCUAGCUGCCUUCCGUUAUGGACGAGAAGAUCUGGAUGUGCUUGGUCUGACUUUCCGCAAAGAUUUGUACCUCGCUUCAGAACAGAUAUAUCCUCUUGACCCAUCUAACAAAAGACCCCUUACAAGACUACAGGAACGUCUUAUCAAGAAGUUAGGUCCCAAUGCCUUCCCAUUUUUCUUUGAGCUCCCUCCUCAUUGUCCAGCCUCAGUCACAUUACAGCCUGCACCGGGUGAUGGGAAACCUUGUGGUGUGGACUACGAGCUGAAGGCAUAUGUAGGGGACAAUGUUGAUGAUAAACCCCAUAAAAGGAAUUCUGUACGUUUGGCCAUAAGAAAAGUAAUGUAUGCUCCCAUGAAGCAAGGUGAUCAGCCCAGUGUAGAAGUAAGCAAAGAAUUUAUGAUGUCCCCGAACAAGUUGCACCUUGAAGCCUCCUUAGAUAAGGAGUUGUACUAUCAUGGAGAAACUGUAGCUGUCAAUGUCCAUAUACAGAAUAAUUCUAAUAAAAGUGUCAAAAAAAUUAAAGUAUCAAUCCGACAGUUUGCAGAUAUUUGCUUGUUUUCCACGGCGCAGUACAAGUGUACGGUAGCUGAGACGGAGAGUGAGGACGGGUGUCCUGUACUGCCGGGCUUUACCCUCUCUAAAGUGCUGCACCUCACGCCCCUGCUUCUUAACAACAAGGACAAACGAGGCCUGGCUCUAGAUGGCCAGCUUAAGCACGAGGACACCAACUUAGCGUCCUCAUCAAUUAUCACAGAUUCUUGUCAGAAGGAAAACCUGGGGAUCAUUGUGCAAUAUAAGGUGAAAGUUAAAUUGAUUCUGGGACCCCUUGUUGGUGACUUAGUGGCAGAAUUACCCUUCACUUUGAUGCAUCCAAAACCAGAAGAGGAACAGGAGAGCAACAAGCCAGCAGCACCAGCUACUUCCUCACCCACCCAAGAUUCUGAUUCAGCUCCUCCUGUUGACACAAACCUCAUUGAACUGGACACGAAUUCUUCCUUUGGAAAUAAACCAACGGGGCUGAAUAACCCUUCUGAAGUAGAUGACAUCUGCAUAAAUCACACAGUGUUCGGAUCACUCAAAAGCAAGUUAGAGCAGGUGGUGGAGAAACUAGGCAGGAUGAGAAGUGGUAGAAGGGAAGACACCCCUGGGAGUGUCAGACCUGUUGGUCACUCAGGGGAGGGAACUCCUGAGGGAAUCUGCGCACAGUCCAGCAUCAUGCAGUCUGCUAAUGUCAAUGUUGAUUUAAUCACUUUAAAUAAAGAUGAAGGAUGUUCAUUAGAUGGUACCACAUGUUAUGCUGAUCAAGAUGAUGAUAUCAUCUUUGAAGAUUUUGCUCGUCUGCGACUUAAGGGGGAAACAGAGGCAUAAUUCAUAUUAAUGGAAGGUUACUGAAAAUUCAUCAGAUUGAAGCAGUAUUUAUUAAAACAUAAUAGGACAAAUCGUUAGCAAAUUAAUAACUACAUUAGGAGCAGCACUUAUUAUCUCAUGGAUAAAACAAUAUAGCAUAUGGGUACUGAUCACAAGAAGAAAUUUGUACAUCAUAUUAUGCAUUAAUUAUGCAUCCAUCAUCUCCCAUGUGAAGAGCCGUCAAUUCAUAAUAUUGUAAUAGCAGUCUUACCAUAUUGUAAGUGUAUAACUGAUGGAAUUGCCUUGUAGUUAAUGUUGAUAGCCUCAGCUAAAUGCCAUCAGUACUGCUUUAUUUAUUAAUUUUUAUCCUUUUGUUGCCUAUUUAAGAGCAAAGUGGGAUGCCCUAGGGCUUCAAAGUAAUUUAUUGUACUGGUAAUGACAGCAACAUUUUUGUAAAAAAAAAAUUCAAGAGUAUUUUGUUGAAAUAUUUGAAUAAUUUUGUAUUAGAUAUGGUGGUGUUGAUUUUCAUUAAUAUGCUCGUGACAUUAUUUUGUUUUAUUUUUAGCUUUUGAGGUAAUUCCUGGAUGAGGACAAUACUGUUAAUAAUGAUGUUUACCUUGUAGUUUUAGACUUUCAACAGAGCACAAUCAAAGGUUUUUAUGGGAGGAGUAAGUAAUGUUAAAACAGAUUUCACUAUGUGAGCACUAAACAUUUGCAACAACGAAAGUUCGGACUAUUGGCUUGAGAGGUCUUUGUAUGACCCCAGUACUUGCAAUGCUCCAAGUUUAUAUAGCCAAAUGAGAAUUUCAUAAUGAGUCCAGUAGAGAGUUAAAGUUUGCUUUAUUUUACCUUGUCAUAACAUAUAAAAUUUUAUAAAAUUUUACAAAGUAAGUUUGGAAGGAAUUUCACUUUGAACUAUUUCUAAGAUUCUUUCAAUAAUUUCUUAUUUCUUGUGUAUUCUUUUUUUUUUGUGGUCAAGAUGGUAGAAGAAAAUUAUGCCUACCUCUCUUUCAUAGAAAAAAUAAGUGAAGUAACCCCUAAUUACAAUGAGAAAUUGAUGGUAAGCUACCUCACCACACAUGUAGAUUUCUCUCAUAGAGUAAUGGAUAUUUUGUGGCGAUAUUGUGUGAUAACAGUUUACGUAUUGUAGGCAUGUAUGAAAGCAUUCCAGUUUUGGAAGCGUGUGAAAUGGUGAUCGUCCUUCAUCCAUAAUGUUAACUACAGUGCGAAUAUAAGUUGUUUUCAUUUAAAUGGGAAAAAUCUGGCAAGUUCAACAGCCUUGCAAUUUUGAUAAGGUAGUGUACUUCAAGAGUAUGACUGAGUUUAGUAUGCACUGCUCUUGUCUUUGUAAAUCCUCAUCUGUAUCAAAUCAUACAUAUUGCAAGGAACAUGUUGAUGUAAAGAAUAUUUGUCUGUAAAUCAAAAACAAUUUUAUACUCUGUUUUGCUUUUCUUGGUCAGCAAGUCAUGUGCAUAUAGUAUACGUGUAUAGGAGGAACCCCUAAUCGUGAAUAUGAAAAUAAUGUGUACUGUUUAUUGAAAAUAAAAGAAUACAAAUAUAGAAAAGACACCCCAUGAGUGUAUUUUUUUAAGCAAAAACUGGUGGAUACUAAUUCACAGUAAGUACAGUCCGACAUACACCCAUCCCUGAUAGUACAUAUGCAGAGUAUGGUAUAUGACCACCCUUAAGUUGUUUAAUAGAGCCUAACAUCCCGAGAUGAGAAUAUUGUGCACAAAGUGGGAGGACUGGAGUAAGAUAUCAUACUAGAUUUAAAUACCAUUAAAAGAGACGUUUUAUAUUCCCAUAAAUAGCUACUGUAUUUUCCUGGAUUUUUUUGUAUUCCAAAUUUAAAUUUUUUUUUUUUUUUUACAAGACAUUAUGUUGUGCAGAUUUUGCAUCCUUUUGUUUCUUUAUUAAGUGUCUCCAAGAAUAUUUCCUGAAGUCUGUAAAACUUGAUGAGUAACAUUAGUCUCGAGUGUUCCUUGCUGUAGAUGUCCAAUAGUAAAUAUUUCAAUCUUUUGUAAUUUUGAAAAUAUGUAAUUACUUAUCCUUUAGGUGUGUACUUUACAAGUUUAUGUUAAGUUCUCAAGUUUGGUUGGUUCAAAAGCUUAGCCAAGCUCUACGCAUAUGCUUUAUGCGUUAGAUUUCUGUCGUAAAGACGUUUUUUUGGUCACAAUUUAAUCGGAUAAUAUAGUACAGCAAAAAACCUCUAUUUUAUUUUACCAAUGUACACUUGGAGAUCUAAUCUUACGAUUCAUGCUUUCAAUUUCCAAAUUUCAAAUCAGAUUUCUUUCAACACCAAAAGAUGAGAAUGGAACCCCUUGACUGAAUAUUGGCAGAAAAGUAACUCUUGAUUGGUGAUGACUAUCCAUCUUUACCUCCUAUAUUUUUAAAUGGCUCUAAUGUUAUCAUCAUCACCAUCAAUUUCAUUGUGUGAACCAAUUGUUUGUUGUAAUGUGAAGUUCUAACUCAUCCUAUUCUUUUAUUUCAACACUCAUUAAUGUUAAGUAAGGUGUCAUAAUUCAUCUUGUGUGUGUGUCUUAUGAGUUGUGAAUAUGAAUUGCUGAAAAAACGCCUAAGAAUUAAGUCUGCACUCAGAGUAAUGUACAUGUGCAAGAUAGGCAUAUAGUACCUACUCCUUCGUGCAUCCUAAAACAUUCACAUUUCUGACAACAUUGACUUAAGGGUAUGGGAAGGAGAUUCCAAAGAUAUUGGCCUGUGGUAAUGAUGGGGAUUUUGUUUUAUUUUUGUUUAUAUGUUCCUAUUGUUGGUAGUCAAAUCCAGGGAGUAGAUAUUGUGAAGUACUGUUACAAAUGAGUAUCUCAAACUGAGGAAUGCAAGUCAUAAAUAUAAGAUACUGGUGAGGGCAUUAUGUAAAUGAAUAUAAUAUUACUCACUCAUACAUUAUUCACUUGAAUUAAUUUUAAGUCUUCAUAUCAUGCAUCAUUUAUUGACCUGAAAGUUUAUAUGAUUUAUUUUUUUAGCUAUUCAAAAAGGAAACAUGAAUGUGUUAGCCUAAUGCCAUGUACUGCUAGAUGCCUACCAUUAUGUUUUGAAGUGCACAAAUGAAAGCACAAGUUUUCAACUGUUAGUUUUUAUUUGUAUCAUCAAAACCAUGACCAAUACUUACUGGUAUUGUAAGAUUUAUUUUUAAAUUGUUUUACAGUGCACAACAGGAAUACUAAUUUAUCCUCAAAUGUUAUAUAUGACUUGUGAAUAUCACCCCAGUUGUGUAACUGGAAUUAGAACUACUUUUUUUUUUGUUCUUUUUGAUGAAAAUUGUAUGGUUUCCUCAUAUUGUUUUGUAAUGGUUGGUAUCUAAAUUAGCCAUAAACCAUUACCUUCCCUCCAUCUUUGAUUGUGCAUUGGAACAAUAUUCCUUGGUAGAUUUUUUUCAUUUUAAUAUGAUCAGCCAGUAAUCUCCACCCAAAUAAAGUUUGGUGAAUAAACUAUUUUGUACUGUAUGUAGUUGUAAUAUUGUAGAAAAACAUAAGUGUAUGUUUUUCACCAGCUAUUUCUUCUUGAACAUAUUUAUAAAUGGAAAUAUUUUGGCUUUUUGUACAGUCCAGUAUGUAGAUGUGGGAUUUCACACAUACACUAAUUGAUAUAUGAUGUUAUUGUAUACUACCACUGGGUGCAUUGUGGAUCAGACUCAAAAGUUGUCUUCAACAUGCAUAAUGAUUCUUUUUGUUAUUGAUACCGUAAAGGCAUCUACCAGAAAAGCAGUUUCAAAAAUUGUCAGUGUAUACUUGUUUGUACACGCUUGUGUAUGUUUGUGUGUUGAAUUUCAAAUCUUUUAAUGCAUUAUGAAGCAUGUUACCUGCAUCAGUGUUUAGUAGAUGAAAAUAUGCAGAAUUUAUUCAAAUGCAUUAAUGUGGUGAUGUGAGAUUUUUAUUUCAAGAGUCCAUGAGCCAUUCACCAAUGUUUCUACCUCAUGUGCACUCUCAAUCACUGAGUCCUUUCUUAACACAUCAUCACUAUGUGUGUUCUCUUGCUUGAAUCCAUCCAAAUUAUAAAGUUUUUGUAACAAAGUAUGUAAUGAUGCCUUUUUUUCCAUGAUGUCAUUGGAAAUCAUCUGGCAGUAAAUUCUUCAUAAAUUUACAAUUCAAGUGGACAAGCUCUCCUAAAUGCAUUGUACAUAUGAUUGUCAUAAUUGUCUAUAGGUAUUUUGUACCAAACAAAAGACAGUUUUCAUUUUGAUGGGUUAAAAUCAAGAAUUUUAUGCUUGGAGUUUUUUUUAAUUGUUACAAUUUACAAGUAAAAUAACUGCAUAUAGAAAAUGAGGAGUAUCUUGCUCUAGCUAUGCUCAUUUUCACUUGAGAUAUAUACCUUAUAUAUACAGUAUAUAUAUUCAUAUAAUUUUAAACAUUAAAUAAUGCUGUGUAAAGAGCUACAAAUAUAGGAACAAGGUAGUCAGAAUUUACAUAUUUUGAAAACUAAAAACUGUAUGUAUGCUUUUCUACGAGUAUCUCCCAUUCUUUAGCUCCUCCGUAUAUUGGUACAGUACCAGUUUACACAAACUUUUGUCUUGUCUAAAAUUUGAUUCAAUGUACAGGAUAAAUAGCAUUGGUCACAAGUAUGUCCAAAAAAAUAAAUACUUAUUUUAUGUCCUCUGCAUAAGAUAUUAUUUUAUGUAUUUUCCUAUAUAUUUGUGUAUAAUAAUGAAUAAAUGUAAGUGUAC